AUGCAUCCCGAUGACGGGUCGCGCCCGACCGGCAUCCUCAGCCUCUCCGUCGAACUUUUGGACCAGAUCUUGCGGUGCUUCGACCACUCUUCCGUUGACCGAGGCGGGAUCGACCUGGAUCUAACUCACGAACAGUCGGUAGAAGGCCGCCGAACCAUCCAGCACCUGCGGCUGGUAUGCCGUCUUUUCAACAAUGUGGCAUCGCCAAUGUUGUUCACGGUGCUGAGAAUCUCUCUCGACAAGGAAUCCCUGGACCGUGCUCAAUCAGUUGUACAACAUCCCGUCUUCGGAGCAAGUGUCAGGGGCAUCCAAGUCUGCCUAGAAUACCGCCCGGCGUCGCUAUCCUCGGAGAUGAGGGAGUAUGUUGAGUUCCAAAAACGAGCGCUUGGUGACUACGUCAAUUAUCGGACGGGAUCUGACGUUCGGAGUGGACACGUCCGGUCAUCCGACGGGCGUUUUAUCAAGGUUGAUGGAGACCAAGAAAAAAGAGGCGAGGAAGAAAACUUUGCCAUCUGGUCUCCAGGAGAUGAAACCAAGGCUUUCCUGAACUUUCGGGCCUUCAUCGCGGCCUGCGAUCGGUUCAUCAAACACCAAGGGAACAUUUCUGGAUCAUCCGGGAGGUUGUUUGCUGUCAACGAAGGGCUAGUCGAUCAGUACAUACAGCUGUUGUUUCGAUCCUUUUCCGAGUACUCGAAACGUUACGACGAGCAGAUGGAGCUCAUCAUAAGCCGAUCUUUUGUUCAGACUGUCGCCCAGAUGGUGUCCCGCCUUAGACGUCCCGUCACGCUGCAAGUGGAUGAUGGAGAACAAUUCGAUCAAAAGCUGCUCGCACGCGGCCGUCUUGCCAUGUGCCUCGACGAUGAAGCGCUUUUCCGUUUCUUGGUGGCGCCACAUAAAUGGGUAGAUGCCGAUAAAGCCGGAGGCCCCAAGUUAAUCACCCCAGCGCGGGUCGUCCCAGACUUGUCUGUUGCUAUUAAUAAAGCUGGGGGUGUGAUCUCCCGAUUUGAGCUCUCGUGUUUGCCUGACCCCCAUCAUUUUGAUACAAAUUCCUCUGAGAACUCAGACAUUGGUGAUCGCGACGCAUGGGGUGAUCUGCGAGAAUCAUUCCGAGAGCUCAAGGUCCUUAGACUCAAGGGGAUGCCAUUGAAGGCGCUUAUGCUCAAGGGGACAUCUUUUAUUCAACUUCUUAUCCAACGUCGACCACCUCUGGCGCGGGAUAAGAGAUACCUGGAGAAGUAUUUGCAGAUGAUCCUAUCCGGUCAAUUUUUGGACGAAUUGAUAUUAGACUUCUCACUACUCACUGGGCUUACAUAUGAGAAUGGGGCAAUCAUCUGGUGUCCACUAGGGUCCAUCCUCCAAACCAGCCGCCCACAAGCCAUCAAGAUUACGAUACGAUGCAUGUCCCUGUCACAAAAUGAAUUGGAAGUUUUUUUCCAAUCACUGGGUCCAAAGACCGAAAGUCUCUGUUUACAAGGCAUCAAUCUGGUAGACGGGAGCUGGAUACGUCCGCUGGCUGUUUUGAAAGAGAGGGUAGCACCAAGAUGUGUGCAGGGGACAUUCGCUUUGGUCCUGAAAGACCUAACUGGUGCUGAACUGGGGCCGAUGAAGAGAAUGACAAUAGGAGCUCCUCCUUUGAAGAUCAACGAACGCGAGGCUAUUGGCAUAUUGGAGGUAGUUACUCGGUAUGUGACAGGUGAUGGAGUGACGGAGAAUCCCCUGCAAGCCGAAGCAGAUCUUUCGGACUGA